AUGACAUUACCGUUGGAUGUCCGGCGGCAGGAAUUCUGGUCGAAGAUAACAUCGGAUAUUGGAGGACUUUUGACGGCCGAACCUGCUUCUUCGACACAACUUGCAUCUGCAGUACCAUCUGCAUCUUCCUCCAGCAAUGCGCCGCCUGCCCCAGCGCAAAGUACGAUUAUGACAACCGAACUUCUCACGACGGUAUGGCGGACUUCAGUGGUGACAGUGGAACGAACAACGAAUGUCGUCGAGACGGCAUCGGACCAUGCGUCAAGCUCGGCAUACACACCACUGUCUUCUGCAACACACACGCCAGUCGCUACUACCAAACAGCAUUCGUUACCCAAACCAACCACAACCACCUCCAAAGCCACGUCCGGGACACCGACCAUGACCGCGAGCUUCAUCUCGCACAAAUCAAUGGCGACUCCAAACGUCGAACCAACCUCGACUGCGUCCAAUUCGGAUGCGCAUCGAAAGCAAGCCAUCAUUGGCGGUCUAGCUGGCGCUAUCGCAGGCCUAAUACUCAUCGGCAUCCUAAUAGUCUUCUUCCUCCGACGACGGCGGAAGCGCGAAGAUGACAGCGAUUCCGUGAGCGAGAAAGGCGGCAUCCGUCCAGCCAUUGCGAGAAAAUGGAGCGAACUCACGGCGCGCGACCCACCACCAGCGGCCGUACUACCAGUGUCACAAGGCACCGAUACCCCGGACUACGACGGAGGUGUAAUCCGCAUGAGCCUCGAUCGCUGGCCACGACCCUACGCCAACGGCCAAGGCUAUCGCGAAUCGAUGGGUCCUCGGAGACUACAAGUCAUGAAUCCUUCGCCCUCCCGCCCAAGUACACCACUAGGCCGCGGCUCCUCAGAAUCCAUCCCCAAAUUCCUAGUCCGACAGAAAACCGCACUUGCGAACGUCUUCUCCGCCGCUCCACGCUCACGAGGCGACUCCACCGGCGAGUUGCCACAUCAAAACCUAGCCGUCCCGACCAUCUCCGUCGAUCCAGCGCUCUCAACCGAAUGUAUCCCGCGAAACGCGCCCACACCAUCCUUCCGCUCCUACCCCUCCGUAUCCUCUUUGCCAAUAGUCGAGCAACGACCCCCGGAAGACCCCUUCCUCACGCCCCCCGACGAGCGACUCGAAGACGAGCAGCUCUCUUCCACCCAGCCAUCGCCGCGAAGACCGGGCAUAACGCCUUUGCAAAGUGCAGGAAGGACGCUAAGUCAUCUCGGCAGCGCGCUGAAUCCUUUCCGAUCGAGACGGGACGCGGCGGAGGGGAGUUUUGUGGAGAGCGAGAGGCAGUCGGUGGGGACGUUUUCGAGCAGGGGGGAUCCGUUUCAGUAUGAUCGGCCGAGUUUGAGGGAGAGUGUUGCGCCGGAUCGAGGCGAGACGGAUGGCCGGUUUACGGUCUAUGAGGGCACGUGA